GUAAGCAGUAAUAUUCAAGUUGGUAUCUGUUGGUAUCUGUGUCUAGCUGUAUCAUGUAGUGAUGAAUUUGACCUUGUUGUUUUGCUUAUAAAAAAACCCAAUGUGUUAUCCCUUUUUUGAGCGAAUGAAAAUGCUAAGGAGCAGCUAUCCUGCAGUCCUACCACCCAACAGUCUGCCAGUGUGCCUCAGCCAGUAACCAACUUACGAUGUGGGACAUUACCUGUACCUUUGACUGCAUCAGGAGGAGCAGGGGCCGACACCAGGCCAGACUGGUCCACACUGAUGCUCCGAGGCUCCUUCUAUCAUCCAAGUGCAAUGGCACUGGUCAGCAGAGCAAAGCCCCGUCCACGUACUUCCCCAGGCUCAGGAGACUUUGUGUGCUCAGUCUGCCACAAGGUGUUCCCUCUCCAGCGCAUGUUGACCCGCCACCUGAAGUGUCACAGCCUGGUGAAGAGACAUCCUUGUCGAUUCUGUGGCAAAGGAUUCAAUGACACCUUCGACCUCAAGAGACAUAUGCGAACACACACAGGCAUCCGUCCCUAUAAGUGUGAGCUGUGUGAGAAAGCCUUCACACAGCGUUGCUCUCUGGAGUCCCAUAUGAGGAAGAUUCAUGGUGUUCACCAACAAUAUGCCUAUCGCCAGAGACGCUCCAAAAUCUUUGUGUGUGAGGAUUGUGGUUACACUUCAAGCCGCCCUGAUGAGUACUUCCUCCAUGUAAGACAGUGCCACCCUGGCAGUCCUGCCCUGCGCAGGUACUACCGCCGCCAGGCCCAUGAGAACAACAGCUUUGCCUCAACAGACCGUAAACUCAAUCCCUAUAUGCUUUACUCAAACCCUGCAUACUACAUCUAGGGCCCAUUUUAAUUAUUAACUACAUUUCAUUGUAGAUAUUAACAUUUAUUAGUUUUAAUGAAGUAUUCAACUGUUUUUCUGUUUUCAACUGUAUUCAGCAUAGGCCAUCUACCAUAUAUACUGUACUGUAUGUACCCUUGAGAUAAUACUCUGUUAGU